AAGUGGGCGACCGGGCGGCCCGGCUGGCCGCAGUGCGCCAGGGCCUAGGCGGCUUUGGGGUGCAGGGCCAGCCAGGCUGAGAGGUGUGAGAAGAUCCAGAGGCGAACUCGAAGAGAAGCACCGGCUCCUGGAAGAGAAACCCGGCUCCACCUGACCGGGAGGCGGCGCUCUGUGAAGAUGGCAGGGCCCGAGCUGCUGCUCGACUCCAACAUCCGCCUCUGGGUGGUCCUGCCCAUCGUUAUCAUCACCUUUUUCGUGGGCAUGAUCCGCCACUACGUGUCCAUCCUGCUUCAGAGCGACAAGAAGCUCACCCAGGAACAAGUCUCCGACAGUCAAGUCCUAAUUCGAAGCAGAGUCCUCAGGGAAAAUGGAAAAUACAUUCCCAAACAGUCUUUCUUGACACGAAAAUAUUACUUCAACAACCCAGAGGAUGGAUUUUUCAAAAAAACUAAAAGAAAGGUAGUGCCUCCUUCUCCUAUGACUGAUCCCACUAUGCUCACAGACAUGAUGAAAGGCAAUGUAACAAAUGUCCUCCCUAUGAUUCUUAUUGGUGGAUGGAUCAACAUGACAUUUUCAGGCUUUGUCACAACCAAGGUCCCAUUUCCACUCACCCUCCGUUUUAAGCCUAUGCUACAGCAAGGAAUCGAACUACUCACAUUAGAUGCAUCCUGGGUGAGUUCUGCAUCCUGGUACUUCCUCAAUGUCUUUGGGCUUCGGAGCAUUUACUCUUUGAUUCUUGGCCAAGAUAAUGCUGCUGACCAGUCACGGAUGAUGCAGGAGCAGAUGACUGGAGCCGCCAUGGCCAUGCCCGCAGACACCAACAAGGCUUUCAAGACAGAGUGGGAAGCUUUGGAGCUAACGGAUCACCAGUGGGCACUAGAUGAUGUCGAAGAGGAGCUCAUGGCCAAAGACCUCCACUUUGAGGGCAUGUUCAAAAAGGAAUUACAGACCUCUAUUUUUUGAAGACCAAGCAGGGUCUCUGUCAGGAACUCGGAGUAGUGCUUAACCUUGUAACUGUUGUUUGAGCUGGAGCCUCUCGGAAUAAAAAGGAGGAUUGUUCUUCUCUGA